UGAUCACAUUAGGACGCGUGUAACAACUUCAGAAAGUCGCAUCUGCUAAAUAACGUCGUUCAGUUAUUUAAGUGCUGCUUGUGUGGUGAUAAGAUGAAACGAAUGUUACUCUGUGUCUUACGGCUAUGAUUGUUUUAGAAGAUUAACGUAAACGAUAGCCAAUAAAUAAAGUGCUUGAAGUAACCUUUAAUAGUUUGCCAUUUAUUGUCUUAAAUGGAUGCAGUGUAGGAAACGCAAAUUUGCAAUCGCUGCAUGAAAGACAACAGGUUGAGUUAAAGGACUGCAUGAGAGAAACAUAUCUCGGAAUUAACACAACAAUAUUUGUGCGCAAUGUUUUAAAACCUAUACCACAAAUCAACUAACGGUAGUGCUCCGAGCAAGUGACUGCGCAACGAAUAUUUCUUAUAUAUUGGCUAACCUGUACCCGGGCAAUGCUGUGUUUUUCGAGGUCCGCGCUGAUGGCUGAAUUAUUUAUAUGAAAUCAAGAAUUUUAUUUCGCGUAAUUCAUUAUGCCGAGAAUUAAAGCGUCACCGAAAAAAUGUGUUAAGUCACCGAAUCCUCAACAGCCUUCGAAUACAUGGGUAUUGCUCCUUAAAGGCGAAAAUUUGGAUGGGGCAGAUGGGACGCCAGAUAUCGUACAAUUAAGACAUCCACUGUCUGGUGCACCGGCAAUGUUUAUGUUUUCACCAGGAGAUGGAAUGGUGCAGGAGGUUUUAACAUUCUCUGAAAAUAAGAGGUCGUGGUUUAUUGAAGAUUCAGUGAAAUCUGAUGGCAAAAUGCAUUUAUCUACGCCAAUAGACCCAAUAUUUCUAGUUAUACCAUACUUGAGAAAGACAAGUCAUGCUGUGCCUCUGGACCAGUUAUUGAAGGAUGAGGACUACCCUGAGACAGAAAGACUUCUUAGGUCGACUGGCCUGAAACACUUAUCUCAAGUUGCAGACAAAAAAGGGGAUGAGGAGCUAAAUGCCUACAAGUACAAUGAAGAGAAAGCUCUCAAUUGGCUGCAACGUAAGACAGAACGUGUGGCAGAAGUUCUGAAGCAGAAAGGUGUUCAAGUGAAUAAUGUUGCAACAGCUGCCACCUUUGUUAAAAGUGGAAAAACCGAGUCGGAUGACCCUGAAGCAUACCUUAAGUAUGCCCACGGCCUUGUAUCUGAGUACCUGGCAGAUGACCUUAGCCUGCAGCUACUUCGUAAGUUGGGACUGCCAGAGGAGCAGCCAUCAGAGUCAUCAAAGCGAAAGCUUGCGCCUGCACAACAACAGGCAUCUGAAACUAAAAGGCCACGUCAAGAAGAUUUGCCUAAUGGAGAUGCACUGGAUCUCACCAAGCCUGAAAAGGUGCUCAUGGCUGCAAAAACCAGCAUUACAGCAAAGGAAAAAGCUCGUAUGAAGGCUGCAUCAGGAUCUAAAAGUAUUUCCUCAUUCUUUAAGAAGAAAUAAAGUGGUGAAUAAAUGAAUGAAACUGUUGUCAACUUGUAUGUGUUCCUAUAAUUGAAUUUUUUUCAAGUGGGACAGUUCCCUUUUAUAUUCACCAGUUUUUACUGUAAGUACUUCUUUCUUGUGCAAAAAAUUGCUGAGAAGAAGAAAUAGUUUUAAGCACUUUUGUGUGGCAGUGACUAGUACCUGCUCUGUAUGUGCAUGUGUGUACAUGUGUACGAGAGAGAGAGAGAGAGAGAGAGAGAGAGAGAGAGAGAGAAUGUGUGUUCAAAGCAUUUUAAAUUGUGCACAAUAAGUUUGGUAGAUGGACAGAAUCGAAUCCUUGUUUUAUUAUUAGUUAUUGUAAUAUAAAAAAAUUUGGUCUCACUGAAUUGUAGAACUGACGGUUUUCAUGAUCUAAAGAGCAGAUCUGUACACAUAUUUUGAUUGUAGCACCUAAACUCAUUGUUUUGUGGAAACACAUUUAUUGUUUUUGUUAAGCCUUAGAAAGUGAAGAAUUUGUUCUUUUGGUCUUAAAUAUAAGCUUUGUGUUAUCUAUUGACUUAUGUGGGACAACUACUUAAAACACUUGCAUUAAUUUUCCAAAAAUCAAUACAUGAAAAAUGUGGUAAAAGUUGUUAAAAUGUCAUAUAAAACUGUAAAUACCUUACCAGCUGGGGGUGGGUUGAUACUGGUGAAUUUUGUGUGUGUCUUUGAGUAAGCACAACGCUGAAAACUGGAUGAUUGUUGUGAAAUUGACAAAACAUUUGAAUUUAUUACUCUAUUUGUUGGUUGCUGUAAUUGUAUUACAUACACCAUAAUUUUUUAAUAUAUAAAAGAAAUGAAUAACUGGAAGAGACCAGGUAAUUGAGAUCACAUUUUGGUUUUGUAAUAGCUGUGUAACGGGGAAGGUCCAUUUUUAUGCAGUGACUUGGAAAUUCAAAGAAUCUCUGUCAUGUUUCAGAUAUAUUUAUUUGUUGAAGUGAAGAGUCAUAUAACAGGAUUCUGAUUUUAUGCAUUUUUUCAGAAUAUCUGUUAAAACUGAUUUGUAAAACAUAUUUUUCCUGUAGUACCAUAUUUUGCAGUAUAAUUGGAACAGUCACAACAUCUGGGUUACAACUGUGUGCAAUGGUUGUGCAAUUGUAGAUGUCCUCUGGCGGUACAUAAAUUUGGAAGCUUUUCAAGUAAGUUAACUGGAGAAUAACAGUCCCUAACGGGGAUCGAGCUCAUUCAGAAAAAAAUCUAGCUAUUCAAGGUUAAACUUACUGAAAAUAUUUGUUGUCAGAACAUGCAAUGUAAAAGGAUGAGAUUUUCAAGUGGCUGUGUGCUGUAGACACCAGAAUGUUUCCUUUCAAAAGUAAUAGGCAAUGUUUCGUAUAUUUUCAAAGUGGGGAGUUGUCAUGAAAUGUGUGUACAAUAUGGCUGAGACCAUGUGUCACCAUUUUCUUCAUAUACUUCUGUAAGUUAUAUAGCAAAAAAAAAAAAAAAUAAUAAUAAUAAUAAUAAUAUCAGUGAUUUGUGUUUCAUGUCUGUGCAGCUGACUUGUGGUUGUUUACAAAGAGCCGUUAGGUAAAUGGGGGACCUGCGGAGGCUAAAUGCCUGACACUGAACCCUUUAAAAUCUGGGAAGUUUGUUUAUGUGUUGUUUAUUCAAUAGAAAAUAUGCAUCUCCAUAACAUGCUGUAUCAUUUAUUAUAUUUUUAUGUCCAGUAUGGACACACUUCCUUAUCUUCGCCUCUGGUGAUAGUUAUCACAUAUCGGUGUGGUGACCAUUACUUUAUCUGGUCAUGCAGUGUUGCAUGUAAUGUAAAACUGUUGACUGACUGAUACCACUUCAUAUGGGGUUCAUACAGCAUCUGAUCAGCAUCAAUAGGUCAAGAAUAACAAACUAGUACAGUUUGCGUAACCUGCAUACACCAAUCAUCCCUGUUUUAAUACCUAAGGCAUCAGGCAGGAGGUGAAGCAGCAGUCUGUUGAUUGACUAUUGCUCUACAGGACAAUAGAAACCUGCUGUUAAUGAUAGUUUUUUUAAAAAUAUGUGUGUGUGUUCCAU